AUGGAUGCACCUUGCGCUAUUCCCGCGCGAAACUCGAGUCUUGCGAAGACGGGUCCGCAGAAGAGAUCAAGCGCGAGGAGGUCAAGACGGGAGGAUGGUACGACUAAUGAUGUGAUUCCAGAAGGCGAGGAACACAGAACUCGAGAUCGGGAGUCAAGUCGAAGAAAACAGAGUCAUUCUGGACAUGUUCAGUCGAGAUCAUCCACCAGAUCACCGGUUUAUGGUCUCAAGGAUGCAUCCCCAUCAAAGAGCACCAGCGUGGCGGGCAGAAGCUUCCUCGACGUCAAUGACGGCUUCAGCGACGAAGAUGAUGAGGGCGCGCCGUUUCCUGCUGUCGCUCAAGGUCGAAAGCGGGAUCAGAGCAGUGACCGCCACGAUCGAAGACGAUCUGGGCGACAGAGUCCAGCGCCAAAUGAGGCCAUCAAGGUUAAGCGCAGCAGCUCCCGACUAAAACGUCUAUCUGCACCACUGAAUCACAAAAUCGACGAACGAGCCCGCGAUUCACCAAGUCCCCAGCCAGUGCAGAGCCAUGCUCCAGCUGGAUACGAGCGUCCUCAAUCCGCCGACUCUGUCGAUGAUGCUGUCGAGUCUUAUUUAUGCUCACCACGUUUAUCGCAGAAGAUUCGACAUCCUCAAACAGGUCGCGUUAUAUCCUUCUCAGAAGUUGGGGAUUCUGAGGGUUCCGCAGUCUUUUGCUGCGUUGGAAUGGGAUUGACGAGAUAUAUCACCGCAUUUUAUGAUGAGCUGGCACUGACAUUAAAGCUGCGGCUUAUUACCCCGGAUCGACCGGGUGUUGGCGAUAGCGAGCCUUAUUCUGAUGGCACUGCUACGCCGCUGAGUUGGCCAGAUGAUGUUUAUGCUAUUUGUCAGACCCUGAAGAUCACAAAGUUCUCUAUCCUCGCUCACUCCGCCGGCGCCAUUUAUGCCCUCGCUACAGCACUUAGAAUGCCUCAACAUAUCCGCGGUCGAAUACACCUCCUCGCGCCAUGGAUCCCUCCCUCGCAAAUGAACGUCUUCGGCACCUCGCAAACCCUCCCUCCAACCAACGCUAUCCCGACCUCGCAACGAAUCCUCCGAGCCCUCCCGACGCCCAUCCUCAAGGCUGCAAAUAGCAGCUUCAUGACUGCGACGAGUAGUUCAAUUACAAGCUCAUUGCCGAAAACACCACGACGAGGAAAGCGAAAGAAUAAUGGCGGUCGAGACAGUACAGCAAGUACACGCAAUGUUACACCGAGCUUGGAUAAAGAGAACGUGUAUAACAAGUCACCCGGUCACGGCGACAUGGAAUUGGAACCUCCCAAUGCUUCCGAGAAUAUGGACAGAAUGAGCAUUCCACAAGGUACAAGAGGCGAUUCAGAUAUUAUCGCGGCAGCAGCCGAUGCCAUGGCAGAUAAGGAACGCCAAAUGACCUACGACCUCCGAUUAACACACGCCAUUUGGGAACUCGCCACAACAGGCGCAAAUCCAGCCGUCGAUCUCCUCGUCUGCCUCGAGCGUCGUCACACAAUUGGCUUUCGCUACGUCGAUAUCACAAGACCCGUCGUCAUCCACCACGGAAGUAGAGAUACCCGCGUCCCCGUCGAUAACGUAAAAUGGCUCGGCAAGACAAUGCGGCGCUGCGAAGUUCGUGUUCUUGAGGGUGAAGGGCACGGCUUGAUGGCUAGCGCGAGUGUAAUGGGCUCUGUGCUUAUGGAGAUGAGUAAAGAGUGGGAGGAUUGGAUGAAGGUUACUGGUGCAGAUGGGAGGAAAGAUCGUGAAAGGGGGCGACGAGGGACGCUCGUUCGAUAA